AGAUCUCAGUCUUAUUAUACUUCAGUUCGCCCUCCGCAGUUACAUCUCUGCCAUCCAAUCCACCUCCUCUCCAAGUCGAUGGAACCGAGGCAAUCGCCACCGUUGUCGGAGACGGAGGUUCACAUCGAAGAAGACUCCAAGCCUACUGGUGAUACGUCCUUAAGCAACAGUAUAAUGAAUGUGGAGGAGGAGGAAGAAGAACACAAAGACCCCGAUUCCGUGGUUAGCGGCGGCGAUGCACUUGCAGCUGGUGAUGAUGGAGAUGAGGAGAAACUGGAGGUACCGGAGGAGUUGGCGAAAAGCAUUGUGGUCCUGACGUGCCAGUCCAAUGCGGAAAGCCGAUCUUGCUAUGUGUUUUUGAUUGGAACUUCUCAUGUGUCAGAGGAAUCUUGCGAAUUAGUUAACUCAGUGAUCAGCGGCUUGAAACCUGAGGCUGUCUUCUUGGAGUUGUGUUCAAGCCGAAUGUCUAUUCUCCAGCCUCAGACUCUGAAGAUUCCAACCAUGUGGGACAUGAUUGAGAGUUGGAAGCAGAAACAGAACACGUUUGGAAUACUCUGUGGCUGGUUUCUUGCAAAGAUCGCCAGUGAGCAUGAGGCUAUUCCUGGUUCUGAGUUUCGUGUGGCAUAUGAAGAGGCUCUUAAAUGUGGGGCCAACGUCAUACUUGGUGAUCGUCCUGUAGAGAUCACGUUUAAAAGAACAUGUGCGAAAAUGCCUCUAUGGCACAAGGUAAAGCUUCUAUACUACGUGAUGUUUCAAGAUUUCUCCUUGCCUACCUCUGAACAACACGACAGAGUGCCGCAAGAAAUGGAAACUUUGGAUUCGGCGACACUGUUGAUCAAAGAACUAAGCAAGGAGUUUCCAUCCCUCAUGGAAACACUUGUGUAUGAGCGAGACCGGUACAUGGCAACCGCUUUGCUGGAUGUUGCAAGUAAGUACAAAUCGGUUGUGGCAGUUGUCGGCAGGGCGCAUGUUAAUGGAAUCAAGGAGAAUUGGAAGAAAACUGCAUCGAUAGAGGAUCUUAUGGAGAUACCAAGCGAUGGGUCAGUGUUUACAGUGACGAGGAUAGUAUCAUCAGUGGCGAUCGCGGUGGCUGGAACAGCUAUUGUUGCUGGCAUAGUUCUUGCAAGAAGGAGAUGAAGUAGACUGUGAUGAGGGCAGAGUUUUUUCUCUUCAAUUCUACUGAGUGAGCCCUAUACAACGUAAUGAUACAAGCUUUAUACAACAAUGGUUAUAUUUCAAAUAAUAAUUUCUCUUUUUCUAUUGGCUUUUAUUUUUCUUUUAAACACUCAAAUGUAUCAGCAAUGGUUAUAUUUCACAUAAUAUUUUUUUUUU